CUCAUUUCUGAAGCCGGACUGCGGCGGGGAGGUGUGUGUGUGUGAAGUGUGUGUGUGUGUGUGUUUCAGUGUGUGUGUUUCAGUGUGUGAGAGAGCGAGAGAGACACAGAGCCGUGUGUGUGAACUCUGCAGGGAGAGCAAAAGCACACAGGAGGUUCAAUUUUAGUCCAUCAUUCCACUGAGACCCUUCGAGUAAAGACAUCAUGGGCAAGGGAUUCCGAGGCACAGUGAAAGAUUUCCCAGGAUUCAAUGCUAACAGCGAUGCCGAAGCUCUCUACAAAGCCAUGAAAGGCUUUGGAAGUGACAAGGAGGCCAUUUUGGACCUGGUCAGCUCUAGAAGCAACGCUCAGAGACAGGAAAUCAUCACUGCCUACAAAUCACUCUACGGCAAGGACUUGAUUGAGGAUCUGAAGUAUGAACUGACGGGCAAGUUUGAGCGUCUGAUUGUGAGUUUAAUGAGACCCCCGGCGUAUCACGAUGCCAAAGAGAUCAGGGACGCAAUCAAGGGAGCCGGCACUAAUGAGAGAUGUCUGAUUGAAAUCCUCGCCUCAAGGACGAACGAACAAAUCCACGGCAUGGUGGCGGCGUACAAAGACGCGUAUGGCAGGGACAUAGAGGAGGACAUUGUAGGAGACACAUCAGGACACUUUAAGAAGAUGCUGGUCGCUUUGCUCCAGGGCGCCAGAGAUGAAGAUGGUGUGGUGUAUGAAGAUCUGGUGGAAGAAGAUGCACAGCACCUGUACGCAGCCGGAGAGGAGCAGUGGGGGACAGACGAGGCCAUCUUCAUCAUGCUCUUGGGCAACCGGAGUACGACUCACCUGCAGCUGGUGUUUGAUAAGUAUCAGGAGCUCACUGAGAAGUCCAUCGAGGAUAGCAUUAAGAGCGAGCUGUCAGGAGACUUUGAGAGGCUGAUGCUGGCUGUUGUGCAGUGUGUCCGCAGUCGGGCCAUGUUCUUCGCCAAGCGCCUCUACAAGUCCAUGAAGGGAUUGGGUACGGAUGAUAACACUCUGAUCCGGAUCAUGAUCUCCCGCUCUGAGAUCGACAUGCUGGACAUCCGAGAGUGUUUCAGGCUGCGCUAUGAGAAAUCCCUCCACAGCAUGAUCCAGGACGACACGUCUGGAGAGUACAAGCGCACGCUGCUGAAGCUGUGUGGUGGAGAUGAUGAUGUUGCAGGAGAGUUUUUCCCUGAAGCUGCACAGAUUGCAUACAAGAUGUGGGAGAUCAGCUCCAUGACCAAAGUUCAGUUAAGGGGAACGGUUCACCCCUGCCCUGACUUCGACCCUGCCAGUGAUGCUCAGGACCUGAGGAAGGCCAUGAAGGGCUUUGGAACCGACGAGGACACCAUCAUUAACAUCGUUACCAAGAGGAGCAACGCUCAGAGGCAGGAGAUCAGGCAGGUCUUCAAAUCGCUGCUGGGCCGGGACCUCAUGGCAGACCUGAAGUCGGAGCUCUCCAAGAACCUGUGCCGUCUCAUCAUGGGCCUGAUGAUGAAUCCGGCUGAGUUCGACGCCAAAAUGAUGAAGAAGGCCAUGGAGGGUGCUGGAACAGAUGAACACGCCUUGAUUGAGAUCCUGGUAACGAGGAGCAAUCAGGAGAUCCAGGCCAUGUGUGCUGCCUAUCAGAAAGCCUUUAAGAAGAGUCUGGAAGACGCCAUCCACUCGGACACUUCAGGACACUUCUGUCGCAUCCUGGUUUCCCUGGCGCAGGGAGCUCGUGAAGAAGGUCCAGCUGACAUGGCCAAAGUUUUGGAAGAUUCCCAGGCUUUGGCAGAUGCCUGCAAUGCCGACUCUGAUGAGAGGAUCGAUAAGUUCAUGAGCAUCCUGUGCACAAGGAGUUUCCCGCAUCUGAGAAAAGUGUUCCAGGAAUUCGUCAAGUGCUCCAACAAGGACAUUGAACAGAUCAUUAAGAAGGAGAUGUCUGGGGACGUCAAAAAUGCCAUGUUUGCUAUUGUGCGGAGUGUGAAGAACCAGCCGUCUUACUUUGCAGACCGCCUGUACAAAGCCAUGAAGGGUUUGGGCACAGACGACCGAGCCCUGAUCCGCAUCAUGGUGUCUCGCUCCGAGAUCGACCUCUUCAACAUCCGCAAAGAGUUCAAGGACACUCAUGAUGCCUCGCUGCACGAGUUCAUCCAGGUAGAGACGAUGGUCGGAGACACAUCAGGAGAUUACCGUAAAACCCUGCUAAUCCUCUGCGGUGGUGAGGAUUAGGAGUCUGAGCCGUGUCGGGCUAGCAGACGUUGCGCUGUGAUCCGGUCCUCUUUCACCAAACCUGAUGUGCUGUGAUUGCUGUCGCCACAGUUAUGCCAAAGCUGAUGACCUUUGAACUGCUCCCUCCCCAGCUCAACCCUGCCGCUGUCACUGUGUCUUGUGAAUCAGUUUUAUUUUUUACCGUUUUACUCAGUGGCUUCAUGUGAAGAUGGAAUUGAAGUGUAAUUACUCCAUCAGUGCUUUUGAGUAAUAAAGCUCAGAAUAACGUCUCACUAAAGUGAACAACGAAAUAAAAAUGUUGAUCCUA